CAAACCCAAUCACCGGAACCCAUUAACCCGACCCGACCCAACUUGAAAACCCUAAAUUCCCAAUUUCAUCUUUCCCCACUCACGAUUUCAAACUCUCUCUCCCAUAACCACCACGAUUUUAAACUUCUAUCUAUAAUCAAACUUAGAUUCAAGCACAAUCUUCUCUAAACAACAAUCCCCAUCUCCAAUUUCGUAUCCAAUUUCGUGUGUGCAAAGUCGCCAAAAACUCGGCUCGCCAAGAUGAAAGAAAAAGCGGAAGCAUCGGAGAAGAAGAAGAACGCCGACGUGAAAAGAAGAAAAGGAGCGGCAGCGAAAAGUAGAGCCGCCAUUAAGAAAAAGAGAGAAGCGGCGAAGAGGAGUGAAACCACAGAGAAGAAGAGGAAGCGAGACAGUGGUCUGGACGGUGGGUCCUCGUCGAAUCCAACCAAGAGGACUCGGAACCGUGUGAGAGAAACCGCAGCAUCUCCACCGGAACAUCAAGGCGUUCAUGCCCCCACACCAGCAACAGAAUUGCCUUCUCAUGGCGAUAGCGAGGGUACACCACGCCCAGUGAUUCCGAGUCAGCCACAAAAAUCGCCAACACCAACUCAUGCAGCGAGUGAGGCCGAGAAUCAGCAACAACCUCGAGUAACCUCAGGCUCUUCCACAAAGAGUCCUUCACAUCGUGUAGACGAGCAGAACGGUGAGGAGAUUGGAUCUAACAACAGAGAUUCAAACGCACCCGAGGUUGCCGUUGAUAAUGACGCUCCAAGAACGGUUGAGAGGGAUGAUAUGACCGUAGAAGCUGCCAGACCUGCUGGUUUUUUCUUCAAACCGAGCGACUAUGGAAAGGGUUGCAAGCUCUCCUCAAGGUGCCAUGAACACGAUUUUCUGAAGACGAUUAAAAAGUUAGAGGCCUCAGAGAAGAGUUGGUUUCAGGAUCAUCCUCAGUUCAAGCAUAUAUUCCACAUGGAUUGUACCCCAACAAGAAAAGUGAUGGGAUUGUGGAUGUUGCUACUUCGUACUAUGCAUACAGGAAAGGGUCGACAAGCUUGGUUUGGGGUAAACGGUGUUCCAAUUAGAUACUCCAUCAGGGAACAUAGCCUCCUCUCUGGUUUAUACUGCCACUCAUAUCCAGAAAACUAUCCGAGCAUAGGGAGCAUGAAGUUUGCGAGAAAGUAUUUUAAGGUAAAGAAGACAAAGGAUGGGAAGGAAAAGGGUCUGCAAGUGACAGAAGCAGAUGUCUUAGAGAAACUUCAGAAGAUGAAGUUUGAUGGUAGUGGCGAUCGUCUGAGGAUGGCAGUUCUUUACUUUUUGGCUAGAGUUUUAAGAGGAAGGUCAAAAGGAGGAUACUUCAUUGAGUAUUUCAUUCUCCAAGCAACAGAAGAUCUGGAGUUUUGCACCGAAUUUCCAUGGGGCCGUUACACAUUUGAUGAUUGCAUGAAGGAGAUUUUUCAUGUGAGGGAUCAGUUUCGUGAUGGGAUCCCAGAGAAGGCACAAUGGGUAUUUCCUGGGUUUAUCAACCCUUUGGAGGUAUAUGAAUUAUAUUUUUCAUAAGCAUAUUUGUUAUAAUAUAACUAAUGUGAUUGUGUGAAAUGAUGUGCAGAUAUUAGCAUUUGAAUGUAUCCCUGUCCUUAGAGAUAGAUUCAGAGAGCCUGUUCCAAACUGUCCUGAUGGUUGUCCAAGAAUGUGCAAAUGGAAGUUCAAGAGGACCGGAACAACAUGAUUUCCACUUGACAUGAUUUAUCGGACGCUAGGAAACACAAAGGUAAAAGCUUAUAAUUUUUUUAAGUGUUGUUUAUGUCAUUUUCUUCAAGUUCAUAGUUAAUUAAAUGUGUAAUUUGUUGUUGGUUAUAUUUCAGGAGAUUAUCAGUAUUUUGGAACCACAAGGAUAUGAAGCAGACCUUUUGUAUGAAAUAAUGGAUGAAGGGACUUAUGAAGACUUGGAGCUGAUAGAUGAUUCGGAUACGCCAGACAUAGCUGUUGACAGUUGGAACAAGAUCCUACUAGAACCAGGGAGUAAAAUUUUCUGGCCGGAUCUAUUCGAGAUGGAUGUGAGAACCCGAGAGCAACAAGAGCAAGCAGAAGGCGAGGCAGGGGGCGAGGCAGGAGGCGAGGCAGGAGUUGAGGCAGGGGGCCAGGCAGGAGGCGAGGCAGGGGGCGAGGCAGGUCGUGAGAGUUUAAGAGAAUUAGAGUUGAAGUUGAACAAAAGAAUGGACGAUGGAUUUGCAUUGAGAGACGAAGCAAUUCGUCUUCUAGCAGCAAGAGUGAAGGAGUUAGAACAAGACAAGAUUCAGAGAGAAAGUUGGCCAUUCCAGUUUGGUGAAGCUGAAACCGGAUAUGCUUCCGGAGGGAGAAGAAGAGAUAAGGAUGGUGAUGAAGAGGCUGAGAUGCAUGGUGAUAAGGAGGGUGAUGAAGAGACUGAGAUGCAUGGUGAUAAGAAGGGUGAUGAAGAGGCUGAGAAGCAGGGCUUGGAUGAUUAUGAGGGUGAUAAGGAGGGCGAGGACAAUGGUGACAAGGAUGGUGAUGAGGCAGAGGCUGAGAAGGAUGGUGAUGAGGCAGAGGCUGAGAAAGAUGGUGAGAAACAGAUCGAGGCAGAGGCUGAGAAGGAUGGUGAUGAGGCAUAGGCUGAGAAAGAUGGUGAGAAACAGAUCGAGGCAGAGGCUGAGAAGUUGAUGCAAGGUAAAUCAUGAUAACAUAUAAGUUCAAAUUAUAUUUUAAAUGAUGAUGAUCUAAGUCAGGAUGUAUUUUUGUUCAAUGUAGAUACUGAAGAGAGAUUUGAUGAUGAUGGAGAUGAGCAAUCUACACUUCAAAUUAUGGCAGACACUGCAGAGAGAUUUAAGAAGGCUGCUGUGGAAAAAGCUGCUGCGGACAAGACAAAUGAGGUUGUAGAUGAUGAUGAUGCUUUGGAGAAGGAAGGUGAGGUUGGAGUUGAUGUUGCUUUAGAGGAGGCAGCUUCUGUUGGAGUGGAUGAUGCUUUAGAGGAGGCAGCUUCGGUUGGAGUUGAUGAGAUGCCAAAGAGGGUGUCCAAGCGUUCUCAUUUGUUGAGGUCUCUUUUUACGCCAAACUGAUUUGGGGAAGUGCUAAACUAUGUUGUUGCUUUUGGAACAUGUAUGUGUUUGUUUUAAAACCUAAAUCCAAACUUGUAUGUGUGUGUUUUAAAACCUAAAACUUGUAUGUGUGUGUGUUUUAAAACCUAAAUCCAAACUUGUAUGUGUGUAAUUGAUUUGGUGGUUGAAUAGGUUGCAUUUACAGGUGGGAAACUAGAACAAGUAAAACUGCAUCAACUAUGCCCAAAAAUAUAAAAUUAGUACAACUAGAAAAACUAGUACAACUAGUGUUGAAUUAAAACAUGUAGGACUUAUCUAGGAAUCCACUUAUUUGAAACACAUUAUGCACACAAAGUUGUAUUAGUUAUUUAGUUAUACUGGUUUCUACAAAGUUGUACUAGUUUAUUAGUUAUACUGUCCUGCACAAAGUUGUACUAGUUAUUCAGUUAUACUGGUUUGUACAGAGUUGUACUUUGGGAGUGAAACCUGAAAAUAUUAGUUGUACCAAAAAAAAAAUACCAUUAUCUAAGUUGUACCAUUUAUUUAUGUUUACAUUUGUUUGCCUCGAUACAAUGAAAGCAUCACUAUUGUUAAAAUACUUGUCACGUAUGUUUUACAAAAAAUAUGUGGACAAACAAGUAAACAAACCUUAAAAGUAUAAGGUAGAUCAAGCAAACUUUUGUGAUGGAGUUAGAAAUCUAAAAAAAAAAAAAGUCCAAUACAAAACACAAAGAAACCUAUCCAAACACUUA